GGCGCGGGUCCCCGCCACCGCGCCAGCGGCCUCCGCCCGGCGCCCCAUACUCGCGUGGAGUUUGUGCGAACGCGUGUGAGCGCGGCCCGGGCGGGGCCCUCGUGGAGGAGGCUGCGGACAUGGUCACUCUGGGCUGAGUUUGCGGCGGCGACUUUGAUUAUUGGCAGAUAAUCACCAUAACAAUACCGAGCCCUGGGGCUUGCCACGCCACGCGACGCUCCGAGAGCCUGCACACGGCCGCGCCACUCACCACCCAGCCCUGAUCGCCAGCCCCUAACGAGCAGAUGGAAAAAUCCAAAAAUUUCCGCAUCGACGCGCUGCUGGCAGUGGACCCCCCGCGAGCGGCCUCCGCGCAGACCGCGCCUCUGGCCCUGGUCACGUCGCUCGCGGCCGCAGCAUCCGGCCCUGGCGGCGGCGGGGCGAGCAGCGGGGCGAGCGGCAGCUGCAGCCCCGCGUCCUCGGAGCCGCCCGCAGCGCCCUCCGACCGCCUGCGCGCCGAGAGCCCAUCGCCUCCUCGUCUGCUUGCCGCGCACUGCGCGCUGCUGCCCAAGCCGGGCUUCCUGGGCACGGGCGGCGCGGGUGGCGGCGCGGGCGGUGGGCCCGGGGGUCCCCACCACCACGCGCACCCGGGCGCCGCCGCCGCUGCCGCUGCUGCCGCCGCCGCCGCCGCGGGAAGCCUGGCGUUGGGGCUGCACCCGGGGGGCGCGCAGGGCGGCGCGGGGAUCCCCGCGCAGGCGGCUCUCUACGGCCACCCGGUCUACGGCUACUCGGCGGCGGCGGCGGCGGCGGCCCUGGCAGGCCAGCACCCGGCGCUCUCCUACUCGUACCCACAGGUGCAAGGCGCGCACCCCGCGCACCCCGUCGACCCCAUCAAGCUGGGCGCAGGCACCUUCCAGCUGGACCAGUGGUUGCGCGCGUCCACCGCAGGCAUGAUCCUGCCCAAGAUGCCGGACUUCAACUCCCAGGCGCAGUCGAACCUGCUGGGGAAGUGCCGCCGGCCGCGCACCGCCUUCACCAGCCAGCAGCUGCUGGAGCUGGAGCACCAGUUCAAGCUCAACAAGUACCUGUCGCGGCCCAAGCGCUUCGAGGUGGCCACCUCGCUGAUGCUCACGGAGACCCAGGUGAAGAUCUGGUUCCAGAACCGGCGGAUGAAGUGGAAACGCAGCAAAAAGGCCAAAGAGCAGGCCGCGCAGGAGGCCGAGAAGCAGAGGGGCGGCGGGGGCGCGGGCAGGGGCGGCGCCGCCGAGGACAAGGGCGACGACGAGCUGCUGGGGCCGCCCGCGCCCGGGGACAAGGGCGGCCGGCGCCCGCGGGACCUGAGGGACUCUGACCCCGAGGAGGACGGGGAGGACGAGGACCCCUUCCCCUACAGCAAUGGCGGCGCGCACGUCGCCUCCUCCGACGGCUCUUCCGGGGCCGACUCCCCGCCUCCGAGGCCGGGGCACCAGCCGCCCCUGCAGUAGGACCCGGGCU